AUGAUCCAAAAUCCGCAAAGCAAACCACAAGAGUUCCUUUCCUUGGGGAUGCCUCAAUUAUCUACAUCGGAGACUAAUUGCUCGUUCGACAUCAAGUCAUCGGAAAAACCAAUGAAAGUUUCGGACUCCGAGGCUCUCUGUUCAUAUGACGAGACAUGGCCUUGUGGAAACCCUAAGAAGAGGAAGUGGAACAACACGCAAGAUUCAAUUUCUUGCGAGCCAAGCGACAAGCAGUUAACUAAAGAAGAAAGAAACAUCGCACGAAUGAGGUUUCUAUCGAGUGAAGAAAAGGCUGAGGAAGAACGAUACGGUGUUUCAACAGAGCUAACUCUCUCCAUCACUGAUCAAUGGACCAUCAAGAAGGUACUAACCACAAAAGAUCUUGGUCAGCUUAGCCGUCUUUUUCUUCAGACCAGAUCCGUUCAAGAUCACAUUAUCAAACAUCUCGACGAGGAUGACCAAGAAAAGGUCCAAGAAGGCUCGGGAGUCACGGUCAAGGUGUACGACCACGACACUAAAUCUACGCACGAGCUGCUUCUAAGGAGACUGGACAGAGACACGCCGCGAGAUUAUAUACUAAACGGAGGAUGGCGUAUGUAUUUUGUCCGGAGAAGAGGUUUGAGAAAAGGCGACAAGAUUGGACUCUUUUGGGAUCCGUUUGCUUCAAAGCUACACUUUCGUGUGCUUUAUCGGGCAGCCACACUAUUUUUGUAG